GAAAAAAAAACAAUUCAAUCUGAACAUAAACAAUUAACAAUGACUCCCCCAACGGUGCAAUAAACUGGCGAUAAGUAAAUGACGAAGUGUAAAUAUGGAUUUCCCAUCAACGAAUGCCGAAAACGCCGGUCAGGAAGGUCCAGUUCGUUGUAUUUUCUUUUCUGAAUUUCACCCGACGGCUGGCCCGAAAAUCACUUGUCAGGUGCCUGAUAACUACAUAUCAAAGGAAAUAUUCGACAAUGUGAGUGUCUACAUCAUUCCAAAGGCUCAACUUCAACGAAGCACAAUUACAGUAACCCUAAAGGAUUGCAAGAUACUAGGCUUCCCCGUCAAGAUUGACAAUAAAAAGUACGCUAGAAAUGCCUUCUACUUUAACCUUUGCUUCGUCUGCGACGCCGAAGCUAGGACUGUACACUACGAGCCGGUUGUUAAGAAAAUGUCAGAUUUCUUGAUGGCACUAGAAGUAGAAAAUUGCUUUUUGUCCGCCUCGGAGGACAAGACUAGGCUUUCCGAAAUGUUGAGACAAGUCAUGCACGACUUGAAUUUGCACAAAAUGUGUACUCUAACAGAGGGUACAAUGACGUCACAUUUGAAAGUAGUAAGAUUAGCACCCGAGCCCAAACCAGUCCUUGAUCACCAAGUUCCAAUAUUUCUUGAAGGCAGAGAAGCAUUUAGGAGUGAUCAGUGGGACCUGACUACCCAACAAGUACUGCCCUAUAUAGAUGGCUUCAAUCAUGUGGCGCGUAUCGCAGCAGAAGCAGAUGUAGAGAACAAUCUUGUGAAAAGUUGUGUGCAAAAUUUAGUUUAUUAUGGAGUUGUAACGCUUAUACCCAUAUUCCAAUACAGUAAUGUGUAUGCUACAACACCGAAAUUGAAAGAGCUAGCUGAAAAUCGUGAACUACAAACGAGGUGUAUCGAGUAUGCGUCAAAAUCACAGCGUCAACCAGCGUUCCUAAGAGAUAUCUAUCGAAUGUACGCGAGUAUGACGCACGGGAGCAGCAUGAGGGACUUAUGUCAGCGAUUAAAUCCGCAAAAUUUGAGGAUCAACGAAAGGAGGCUAGUGCAGUUUGGACUAAUCGAAGGACUUAUUCGCCGAGUAUACAAGUAUCCAAUUCUUUUGCCUGGAAGCUCAAGUGAGGAGGGCCGCAGCCAUCCCGUGUACAAGUACUUUAACGGCAACUACAACCUGGACGAGAUCUGCUGCAGUACCGGCCAGUCGGCUGCCACAAUCGAGGAUAUCGUCGAGCAGGAUCCGAACGUCGUCAUGUUGUGGAAAUGACAGAGAACAAUAUGUCGUUGAUCAUAAGAUGACCAAAAUCGCGUUGAUUUUGCACCCGAGAGCACACAGGAACUGAUACGAAGAUCGAGUCCUUCACCUACUUUCAAGUAAGCACGAUCUAAUCGAGGGUAAGGAGAAGACAAUGAGGAGAUGCCCGUGCCAUAUUCCAGAGAGGGUGUACUUAUUUUGCGGCUGCAAGCUACAACUGUCACUUUCUUGCGGGGAACUUGCGACUUGUAGAUAUGUAUACGCACGUGUAUAUAUGUAUAUAUUGUCAUCAGCCACCA